ACAAAUCCUGCAAAGGUCGCGUAUGGUAAUUUCAUUAAAUCUUAUACUAUACGUGUAUAGCGAUGGAUAUAGGAGAUUCAAGCUUAUGUCCUAUUGGAAUCUUGGGCGAAGGAUCUUUUGGGCAGGUGUUUCUUUGUAGGUCUAUUUCAAUUGAUCACAAUUACGUUUGUGUGAAGCGGAUUGUAAUUCGCAAACCAAAAUCAGAAGUUAAAAUGCUAAUGGAUGAGAUUUAUAUCAUUUCUCAACUUAAACAUCCAAGCAUUAUUAGAUUUAUCCGCUCAUUCGUAUUCGAUGGAACUGUAAAUAUAGUAAUGGAAUUUGCCUCAAAAGGAACCUUACGUGAUAUAAUUAAUGCUAAUUUUAACCGUCGCCCAGCUGUUGCAAAACAAAUAUUUAAAUCGUUUAUAUAUGAAAUCUUAUUGGGACUUGAAUAUUUACAUAUUCGUCACAUAAUUCACAGAGAUCUUAAGCCAGAAAAUAUCCUAGUAGACAAUAGUAAUAAUUUUAAGAUCGCUGAUUUUGGUAUAUCAACCAUACAUUCCAGUAAUAAACAAAGUAAAGGUCUUAUUGGUACAUUUCUUUACAUGGCACCAGAAAUUAUGAAGGGAGAACGAUAUGAAUUUAAAUCGGAUAUUUGGUCUCUUGGAUGCAUACUGUAUGAAAUGUGCUAUGGGCUUAGUCCAUUUCAACACGCUAAAAACUUAGAUGAUUUAAAAUGUUUAAUUCUGACUUCUCACUAUAAAAGUAAUAUUAGCACUAUGUCAAAUUAUUAUGGGACUGAAUGGUGUUGCCUUUGUAAGAAAAUGUUGAUUUAUAAUCCUAGGAAACGGGUUUCUUUGUAUAACAUUGUCACAUUUAGUGCAAAAAUUGCUGUUUCUUACUAUAACAAUUAUUUUAAAUAUAUGUAUAUAACUUCCUAAAUAAUUAGAAAAUAUUUAAAGCAUGUGUAAGGUUGAGAUUGAAAAUCAUGUUUCAUGCCAAACAUCAAUCAGAUGUACGACUUUUCAUCGUUAGGUUGUGGUUCAAUAAAUGUAUUAGGUUCAAUAAUUA